CCAAACAAUCAAUCAUUCAUGACCAUUCUUACUUCACAAAUGUCACUUCUUUUGCUUCUACUUUUAUCGGUAACCACAUUCCACAAAAUCAUGUCUAGCAAUGAACACAGAUUGGUUCAAUGCAAUGAGAAAGAUCAAGAGGCGUUGUUAAACUUCAAAAAGGGAAUCAAUGAUAGUAUUGGUCAACUAUCAACAUGGUUAACUGAAAAAGAUUGUUGUGCUUGGGAAGGAGUCCACUGCGACAACAUCACUGGCAGAGUUACAGAACUUCAUAUUAGUCAAUUGCAAGGUGAGAUGAACUUGUCUAUCCUCGAACUUGAGUUUCUUACUUACUUGGAUUUGAGUGAGAAUGAAUUUGAUGUGAUAAAUAUUUCAGCCACUCAACACAACUUCACACAUACAUCUAACCUUUUCUACCUUGACUUAUUCUCCCCCUUUGGUACUCUUCAGAUGGAAAAUCUUGAUUGGCUUUCUCCACUUUCUUCAUUGAAAUAUCUCAACCUUAGUGGAAUUGAUCUUCAUAAGGAAACCAAUUGGUUUCGAGCAGUGAAUACACUUUCUUCACUAUUAGAGUUACACUUGAGUCAUUGUAACCUCAACAACUUAAUGUUCAACCCAUCUAUUGAGUAUUUGAAUUUGUCUUCACUUGUAACUCUUGAUCUUUCUGAAAACAACUUCACCUCUCAGUCACCAAAUUCGUUUUUUAAUCUCACCAAAGAUCUCACCUAUCUUGAUCUUCAUUGGAGCAAUAUACAUGGUGAGAUACCAUCGAGCUUGCUAAACCUUAAAAAAUUGAGAUUCCUUGAUCUCUCUUCAAACCAACUACAAGGAUCAAUUCCAGAUGGAAUAGGCCAACUACCAAAUAUUCAACACCUUGAUCUCUCUGUUAACCAACUAAAAGGAUCCAUUCCUUCAACUGCAGGAAACCUCUCAUCGUUACAUUACUUAGAUAUUGGUCUUAAUAAUUUCUCUGGUGAAAUUUCAGAAAAAACUUUUUCCAAACUCUCUAAUUUAAAUUACAUAGACUUAACAGGUUCUAAUUUUAUUGUAUUCCAAUUUGAUUUGGAUUGGGUUCCUCCUUUUCAACUCCAUGACCUUAAAUUGAGAAAUACAAAUCCAGGUCCAAAUUUUCCAUCUUGGAUAUAUACACAGAAGUCAUUGCAAUUGCUCGACUUAUCGAGCUCGGGAAUUUCAUUGGUAGUUACAAAAAAGUUUUCAAUCCUUAUAGAAAGAAUCCCCUUACUUUUUUUGUCAAACAAUUCGAUGACUGGAGACAUAUCAAACCUAACACUAAAGUGUGAAACUUUAUAUUUGGAUCACAAUAAUUUCACAGGUGGACUCCCAAACAUACCGCCAAAUGCCAUUCAAGUUGAUUUGUCUUACAACUCCUUCUCAGGAUCAAUACCACAUAGUUGGAAGGAUUUGAAAGAUUUAUAUCAUAUUAACUUGUGGAGUAAUAAGCUAUCUGGUGAAGCUCUAGUGCACCUCUCUUAUUGGACAAAACUGCAGAUCUUGAACUUGGGAGAAAAUGAAUUUUCUGGAACCAUACCAAUCAAUAUGUCACCAUACUUAGAGGUGAUCAUAUUGAGAGCUAACCAAUUCGAAGGGAAUAUUCCACAACAGAUAUUCAACCUCUCUAAUUUGUUUCAUUUGGACCUCGCAAAUAACAAGCUUUCAGGAUCUAUACAGAAUUCUGUCUACAACUUGACUCAAAUGGUUGAUCAUUCUAUAACAGAUUUUAUUACUUUUAGUUCAGUUGAGUUGUUUACAAAAGGACAAGAAUAUUAUAUGAGUAUAAUUCACAAAUGUAGAAAAACUAUUGACCUUUCAGCUAAUAACUUGUCUGGAGAAGUGCCAUUGGAAUUGUUUCAGCUUGUUCAACUUCAAACGUUAAACUUAUCUCACAAUAGCUUGAUUGGAACAAUACCAAAUACAAUUGGAGGCAUGAAAUAUUUAGAAUCUCUCGAUCUCUCCAAUAAUAAGCUUUUUGGGUUAUUUAAAUUUAUCUUGCAACAAUUUUCAUGGAAAAAUCCCAAUAGGAACUCAACUUCAAAGUUUUAAUGUAUCAAGCUACAUUGGAAACCCAAACCUAUGCGGAUCUCCUCU